GGGAGCUCUGCCGGCCAUCAGCGAGACUCAGGCUUUAUUCCAUGUUUAAGUAUUGUGAGGCAAUAUACUGCCUUUAAAAAACAAUUCAUGUUUUAAGCCUUUUGGGUUUGGAGUUUGUUUCCACCCGGCGAGGAAUAGAGGAACACCGGAGAGCAUUUAGCUUUUUGGUUGGACGCUUUGGACGAUUUUCCUGGCGCGCGUGCGUGUUGUGUGUCAAGGGCGGGCUUAAAGGUUCUUCUCUUCCCCACCCAAAUCCUCAAAGCGGUGAAAAUUUUGUUCUCAAGUAUUCUUCCAGAAGACAGUUCUUCUAUUUAUAACUGGGGGACUGCUUACCAAUAAUAUGAAAGGCUCUGAGCUUAGCCCGGAAAAGAAAAAAAAGAUUAAAAUACCAGCGAGAAGACUUCGUGAGAUAGUUUCUCCAAAACAGGGAGAUAAUUUGGCUUUGCUGAAAGACUUGACUUCUGCUAGAAAUUAUCAACAGACUCUAAUAGAAAGUCCCAGUGUGUCAGAAAGGGAUUUUUCUGAAGAUGUUGCAGUACAAGGGUUGCCUUUGGAUAAAAUAGAAGAGAGCAACACAAUAAAAGCAAAUGACAUCUUUAUUUCUCAGUACACUGUAGGAGAGAAAGAUGCUCUAAGAGCAGUUUUAAAGCAAAAAGCUCAAAGUAUGCCUGUUCUUAAGGAAGUAAAGGUACAGCUUUUGGAAGAUACAGGCGUGGAAAAGGCCACUGUUCCUCAGGAGGCUAGAACGCCACCCAGUGGAAUCGAUUCGGCUACAACUGUGGCUGCGGCAACUGCUGCUGCCAUUGCGACAGCGGCUCCACUGAUAAAAGUGCAGAAUGAUUUGGAAGCAAAAGUCAACUCUGUUACAGAAUUACUCAAUAAGUUACAGGAGACUGACAAACAUUUACAAUGUGUUAAAGAGCAGCAAACAAGCAUUCAGAAUAAACAUGAGAAACAACAUUGUCAUGAUCAUGAAAAGCAAAUGAAUGUGUUUAUGGAGCAGCAUAUUAGGCAUCUUGAAAAAUUACAACAGCAGCAAAUAGAUAUUCAGACUCAUUUCAUUAGUGCUGCACUCAAGACUAGUAGUUUUCAGCCUGCUGUCAUGCCUCCUUCUAGCAUAGUAGAACAAUAUUCUGUAAAACCAGACUAUUCUAAUCUUGGUGGCAGUAAUCUAUCUUCACAAUACACAUUUACUUCCAAACCAGCUCCUUCUAGAGAGAUUGAAAAUAUGAGUUUUGAGACACCAGCACCUCGCAGGUUUGUUCCUGUACCUGUUUCAAAGGAUGAUAAAAUAUCAAAGAGGGAAAAUCCCACUGAAGAAAAAGAAAAUAAGAUGUCAGGAAAUGUAAGACUAUUGGAACAAAUUUUGAAUAACCAUGAUUGUUUGACAAGAAAAAGUGAAUCUUCAGACAAAACCUCACUAACUAGAUCAAAAAUAGGAUGGAAUCCUGAGACGAGAGACAGCACUGGCACUCUAUCCUCUCAAAGAUUUCCUUCCUGUGAAGAACUAGAAAUAGCUAAAGUGGCUGUGCAGAAGUCUGAUAAUAUUCUUCAUGAUCUUGGCCAAAAGAGGAUAGAAACAAAUGACAUAUUCCAGCCAAAAGAAUCUCUGAUUAUCUCAAAGCUUGCUGAUCUUCCACAGAAUUCCAUUAGCCUUCAUACCACCAAUACGAGAUCCAUAUUGAAAGAUGCUGAAAAGAUUUUGAGAGGAGUACAAAACAAUAAAAAAGUACUGGAAGAAAACCUCGAAGCUAUUAUUCAUGCAAAGGAUGGAGCUGCCAUGUAUUCAUUUAUCAAUGCUCUAUCUACUAACAGAGAGAUGUCAGAGAAGAUUCGGAUCAGAAAAGUAGUGGAUGAGUGGAUCAAAGCUAUUUCUGCAGAAAUUCAGGAUGAACUGGCAAGGAAAGAUUAUGAACAAAAGAAAUUUGGUCAGACCAAUCCAAGGACCAAGAAAGCUCAGAAUAUGGGUAAAGAUAUUAAAAACAACAUCCAAAACAAAAUGAUAAAAAAUUCUGUAAUUCCAAGGAAACAUGUUCUAAAACAAAAAGAGGAACAUUUUAGAAAUACACCUUGGAGGAGCAUGCCUGCUUCAAGCUUACAGAAAGAAAGAAAAGAAGGAUUUUUGAAAGCAACCACAGUGGUACAAGAUGAAGAUUAUAUGUUACAAAUUUAUGGAAAACCAGUUUAUCAGGGUCAUCGCAGCACUCUUAAAAAAGGGCCCUAUCUCCGAUUUAAUUCUCCAUCUCCUAAGUCUAAAAUACAGAGACCAAAAGUCAUAGAACAAGUUAAAGGUACUAAAGUCAAGUCAAUAAGAACACAGACUGACUUUUACGCAACAAAACCUACUAAGAUGGAUUCUAAACUGCAACAUUCCGUUGCUACGCUGCCUCCUGGUGAUCAACAGUAUUUGUUCAGCCCAAGCAGAGAAAUGCCUAACCUUUCAGGUACACUGGAAGGUCAUCUGAUUCCUAUGGCAAUUCUUUUAGGACAAACCCAAAGUAAUAGUGAUUCAAUGAUACCUGCUGGAGUAAUAGUAAACAAGCCACACCCUGUAACAGUGACUACUUCUAUUCCUCCAUCAUCUCGAAAAACAGAAACUGCAGUAAAGAAACCUAACAUAGCAGUUGUAGAAAUGAAGUCGGAGAAAAAGGAUCCUCCUCAACUUACUGUACAGGUAUUACCAAAUGUAGAUAUUGACAGCAUUUCGAAUGGUAGUGCUGAUGUCAGUCUCUCUCUGCCUAGUCCCAAAGAAACAUCUCCUCUAAAAACCUGGAUACAGACCCCAGAAUUUGCAAAGGUAGAUGAAGAAGAGGUGAAGUUUCCAGGAAAUAACUUUGAUGAAGUAAUCGAUGUCAUACAGGAAGAAGAAAAAUGUGAUGAAAUUCCAGAAUACUCUGAACCUAUUCUGGAGUUUAACAGAAGUGUUAAAGCUGUUUCUACAAAAUACAAUGGCCCUCCAUUUCCACCUGUUGCUUCUACUCUUCAGCCCACUGCUGAUAUUCUAGAUAAAGUAAUUCAGAGAAAAGAAACUUUGGAAAAUAGCUUAAUUCAGUGGGUAGAACAAGAAAUAAUGUCGAGAAUUAUCUGUGGGCUUUUUCCAAUCCAACAACAGGCUGCAGCUAAUGUCAGGGUUUCAGUCAGUGAGGCAAGUGAACCAUCGACUUCUGACAUUGUGGAAGGAACAAGUAGUGGAGUUCUACAGCUUUUUGUUGAUGCUGGGGUUCCUGUGAAUUCCGACAUGAUUAGCCAUUUUGUGAAUGAAGCUCUUGCUGAGACCAUUGCCGUCGUGUUGGGUGACAGAGAGGCAACAAAGCAAGUUCCUGUUGCCACAGGUGUUUCUGGGGAAUUUUCAACAAGCAAAACGUACUUGCCGACAAGAGUGUAUACCCCAGUGGCUACCCCACAGCCAACUCCUCCUCACUCACCUUCAUCAUCUCUUGAGGAGCAUGUAUUGGUAAAAACUCCUGAUUCUUCUCCCUGCAAUUCAGGCCACGAUAUAGCUUUUCCUGUGAAAGAUGUAUUUGCUGAAAAAGGAAAUGAUAUACCUGCUGUCACACUUGUUAAUACUCCAACAGUUACCCCCACUACUACACCACCUCCCUUGGCACCUCUUACCCCAACUUUGUCAGAGGUUUCCAUUGAUAAAUUGAAGAUACCAAGCCCUGAGCUUCCCAAGCCAUGGAGUGAAGGAGACUUGCCACUGGAAGAAGAGAAUCCUAACUCUCUUCAAGAAGAACUUCAUCCAAGAGCUAUUGUAAUGUCUGUGGCCAAGGAUGAAGAACCUGAAAGCAUCAAUUUCCCUGCUCAGUCUGCACCUCCAGAACCAGUUCCUUCUAUGAUGCUGCCUGCUGUCACCAAGGCCGUUUCCCCCAUACAGAUGCCAAGUUCAGAUUCGUCAACAAUGGAAAGCAUCUUGAGCAUUACUGUUACUGAAACUGAAACUUUAGAGAGACCCAUCUCUGAAGGAGAGAUUUUAUUGAAUUGUGGUCAAAAGGUGGCUUCCAAGAUUUUAGGGGAUGUAGGACUGUAUCUGACAAACCUAAAUGAUAGUUUAUCCAGUACUCUGCAUGAUGCCUUUGAAAUGGACUUGGAAAACAGUGUGGGUGAACUCAGUGCAGGACAAAGGCCCAGGCUGACUGCAGCAGCAGAGAGCCUGUUAGUGGGACCUUCUAUUUCUGUUCAGCAGCCUGUUGCUCAUGCAGAAUCUCUGGACCAAAAAUGUGCUCCCAAGCCAAUAUCUCAGCAAUUUGACACAGUUGCAAGUGGUGUUUAUGAAAAUUCAUAUGCUAGUCAUGGUCCAAUGAGUUUGGAAGAAUUGGAGUUGCAGCCAAAUUCUAAGCUUCCUCUUCCCACAGCACUUUUGACAGCACAAGAAAAUGAUGUGAAGUUAAUAACAGCAGCUGAAGAUUUCCCUCAGGUGAUAAAGCAGUACCACUCUUCACUUCUCAGAUGUCCCCUGCCAAGAUGUCUGUGACGCUGCCCUCAGUGAAUCUGGAGGACUGCUUGCAGUCUCCAAUCAUCAGCACCAUCCAGGGGGACACUGACUCCUCAGAAGAAGAUACCUUCUGAAUGGGAAGUGAGAGCCAGCGCAGUGUUUGUGCCACUGGUUUUGAGGUCAUUUUUCUCUGGCAUGAAACCAUCUCUCAGAUUAUCUUGGUCUUUGAGCAUACUCUGAAAAAUGAUUUCUAACUUUGUACUAAUGUGAAAGGCAUAAUUUUGGUGUUUAGGUACUUUUUUAAAUAAAAUAAUUUAAAAAGAA